AUGGAGCUGACCGUGGAUGCCGCGGCGGCUGCUGCUGGAAGCUCCCCACCGCCGCACGACUCAUCAAUGCAUCACCUGGUGGUGGGCAGCAGCGGCACCUACGUGGCCGAGCCCGCCUCGACGUUGACCAGCGGGGCCGCGCUGCAGGUGGUGGGGGCGGGUGCUGGGUCCACGAGCCGCAGCACGUCCCCGCGCCAUGCCAUGGGCGGCAGUGGCGGGGCGCCGCCCCCGCGGGGCUCUCUCUCGCGCAGCAGCAGCGGCAGCAGCAAGCGACCACAGAGCGGAGCGGGGCUCGAGCAGCGGGCGCGCUACGUGGCGCAGCUGUGCCAGGAGAAGCCCGAGCUGGUGAAGCUCAACAUCGGGGGCACCCGUUACACCACCACCAAGGCCACCCUCACCCGCCUCGAGGACUCCUUCUUCAAGGCCCUCCUGGACGGGGACAUUCCGAGCACGUUGGACGACCAGGGCGCCUACUUCAUCGACCGGGAGGGCCGCUACUUUGAGCCAAUCUUGAACUACAUGCGCACGGGGGAGCUGCUCAUCCCACCGUCCAUGCCCAAGUCGGCCGUGCUGGCCGAAGCCGACUUCUAUUGCAUCACGCCCGUGGUGGCGAGCCUGCAGCUCGAGGAGAGUGACGCGUGCGGGGGCAAGUUGUUCAACGCCCUCCUCCGCCCGUGGGAUGACGUCAACCCGGUGGGCGACGGAUGGACGCAGGACUUCAAGGCUGAGUUUCCCGUGGCGACGGAAGGCGACAUUGAACACGUGGCGUUCUUCUCGCAGGGCUCUCGGCUGGGCCACGUGGCCAUCCUCUCGCUCGCGUCGCUGAGCCUGCGGGUGCUGAGCACUGCCCCGCACGGCAUAUCGUCGGCGUGCCACGACACCCUGCACAUCGCCUCGUACUGCUGCUCGGCGGGUGUCAUCUACCAACUCAUGAUCGGCCACAACGACAACACCUGCCUCCAAGAAUUGUACAAGGACCCCAACAACGAAGAGAUCACGGUGAUCGUGAACAGGGAGCAGCGCACGCUGUUCUACGGCACCGCCAACGGGACCCUGCGCCGCCUCGACUUUCCGUCGUCGGAGAUCGGCGGCACCUGCCAGUCCACCCUCCUCCAGAGCGGCCACGUCCACCCCGUGAAGGAGCUGCUGCCGCUGGGCAAUCGCACGCUGGUGUCGUCGUGCGCGGCUGGACACGUUCGGUGUUGGAACAACUACGACGUCGCGCAGAUGAACUCCUACUCCAUCCCCGCGGGUGCGCUGCUGAUGGCGCCCUACCUGCUGCAGGCGCAGGAGGACCGUGUGCACAUCUACGACGUGCUGUCGGGCAAGAUGCUCCACACCCUCCACGCCGUCAACGGAUCGCACGUGACGGCACUUUGCGUGUGCCACGACAAGUCGUUCUUCGGCGGGAUGCUCCUCGUCACGGCCCACUACGACGGCACCCUCCAGCUGUGGUCCCUCGGGCUCCUCUCCCUCCUUCUGCGCGAGCAGCACCAGGCCUCCCCGCACCCGCCCAAGAAGACAUAG